AUGCUGAGCCUCGCCCACAGUCGGCGGCUUCUGCCGCAGCGAGACCCGUUCAAAAUUCUGGGUCUCACACGUAGUGCUACCAAGGCAGAGGUAAAGAUGAAGUACCGAGAGCUCGCUCGCAUCUACCACCCCGAUGCGGGGUCCGGUGACAGUGCCAAGAUGGAGGAGGUGAAUCACGCGUACAAGCUGCUUUUGAAGGAGGGUGGAUACGAGCGUCUGCAUCUGCCAGGCCCAAGCAGGGCGCGAGCGCAUGGGACGAGCGGUCCUGUCGGGGGGACCUCGGAGGGUCGACGUCAGCCAUUGCGUGAAAUGGCGGCAGCGCCCUUUACUGUAGAUCAGCAGAGCAGCGGCACUGGAGAGUCAUCAUCGCCUGCGUCUGCCGGUUCCACGUCGUCACUGCUGACGGACGAGGAGGUUGAGAAGGUGGGUGCGCUGGAUCCGGCCACGGAGCGUCGCACACCAGAAGGGAAGUACUUGUAUCAGAGCCGGGACGAUCAAAGCUGGGUCGAGCUCGAUCGCCCACUCCUGCGCGCGCAGCAGCCGCACUAUGCGUCAUUCUCGGCGCAGGCCGACAUGAAAGCCGAGCUGCAACGCCGCGCCCUGCUGAAGGAAAAGGAGCAAAACGAAAAGAGCCACUUUCAGCGGGCGGCGGACCGUCUCGCGGACAGCGCUGAGUUGCCGACGCGAAAUCCGCACUUGCUGCGUAUCUACGCGCUCAUUGUCGUGUGCGUCUUCUACCUGAUGUACAAGCGCACGUUUGAGCGCACACAUCACCAGAGGAAGCGCACGCAGUUCUACCAGGGGCUGGAGGAGAACCGAGAGGAGUUGAUGGCGACUUAUGAGAAGCAUAAGGACGCCCUGCAGGUGACAGCGGUUGCUGCGGCGCUCGUCUUCCUUGCCGCCGCGGAGCACAAGACGGCCAACGACCCCGUCGUGCCGAGUCCGCCAGAGGUCUUUUACCGCUCUGUGAAACCGCCGAGUGACCACUACACUGUCGUCGCUGGCGGCUAA